AACCGUCUAUCUUUUGGUAUGAUAAGAACAGUCCUGUUAUUUAUUCCGCGCUGGCAAGACGGUGGUAUCACAUGUGAAAAAUACAUUCGUAAGAAAAUAUAGAUGGGUCAAUCAAUCUAAUUAAAUUGGUUCUUGGGUGCUCAAUAAAGUGGUACAAUUAAAGUGCAAGAUGAGGGAUCUGAUAAGGAAUUAUAAAAAUACAAUAAGUGGUAAAAUACCAAAUGAUUCGGGAUCAGAAACUGACCCUUUGGUUAGUUCUUGUAAUAGUACAUCGACAUGUACAUCCCAGGACGAUUGUAUGUUUAAUGAUACAGAAUUUUCGGACUAUGAGACGGAGAAACCAAAGAUAGGGACCAGCGUGUCCUUACCCUUUUCAUAUCAAAACGGAAGGGGAAAACCCGAAAAAUUUAUUGGAAAUUACAGAUCCAUAUCGAUCGACGGUUUCCACAAGGAGGAGACUGAUGUAGGUCGUUAUCAGUUUAUUUCGAAUCUUGGAAAUGCUUUUAGUGCUAGUUGUACUUCUUUGCUGAGCAAAUCGUUGGAAUAUCAGGAAAUGGGGGGCACCAAGUCCAUCAAAACCCAAAGCUCACUCGUCACUAUAUUUGCAAUUUGGAACACGACAAUGGGUUCUUCGUUAUUGGCAAUGGCAUGGGGUAUGGAGAAGGCUGGCCUUAUUCCUGGAAUCAUAAUCAACAUCCUUGUGGCAGGGUUUUGUUUAUACACUUGUUACGUCUUGCUUAAAAUAAACGAAAACCAUGGAGUCAUUGGUCAAAACAACGAAGUCAGCGAACUUUGCAGAAUGCUGAUUGGUAAGUGGGCCGAAGUUAUUGCCAAAGUUUUCUCUUUGGUUGUUCUAAUUGGUGCUAAUAUCGUUUAUUGGGUUUUGAUGUCCAACUUUUUGUACAAUUCGGUUCAACUGUUUUAUGAUUAUUUAUUUCCGUCGUCGGUUACACUGGACUCGAAUGAUACACUGUUGUGCCCGUCUGCCAGCGUUUGGAAUGUUUCAAACACUAAUUCGAAUUACGUUUUACAACCGGAUGUUCCCAAAACCGGUUUCGCCAGGUUUUGGGACUUAUACAGUACCGUACCAGUUAUUUUGGGGAUAAUAAUGUUCCCCCUGUUGAAUUUCAAAAGCCCCACCUUUUUCACCAAGUUCAACAGCCUAGGAACCACAAGUGUCAUGUACCUUUUGAUUUUUGCCGCGGUUAAGGCUACGUCUUGGGGGAUAAACAUCCCCGGGUGGCAAUCGCUUUUUAAUCUAAAAACGACUUUUUGCGCUCUUAGUGGGAUGCUGUCUCUCAGUUAUUUUAUUCACAACAUUAUUAUUUCUGUGAUGAGAAGUAAUUCGAAUCAGGAAAAUAACGUACGCGAUUUGAGCAUCGCCUUCGGCUUGGUCACUUUCACGUAUCUUUUUCUGGGAAUUGCGUUCUAUAUAACGUUUCCCUUGGCAAAAUCCUGCAUCCAGGAUAAUAUCCUCGACAAUUUUAACAAGCGCGACACAUUGACUAUAAUCGCUCGAUUGUUAUUAUUGUUUCAAUUGGUAACUGUCUUUCCACUUAUCUCUUUCAUGUUGCGUAACGAUAUUUUCACAAACGUCGACCUGUUUUUCAAAAAUUAUAGUCCAGGACACUUCUCCUACGUCAAAGUUGUUAUUCUUAAUCUAGGGAUAAUCGCAGUGUGUAUUUUAUUCGCUUGUUUCUUGCCAAAGAUUGGAACAUUAAUCAGAUAUACCGGUGCUUUAAGUGGGAUGGUAUAUAUUUUUCUUUUGCCAAGCCUUCUUAAAAUUGCUUCUCUUAGGAAAGAGGGACAACUGACUGUGUUUAAACUAGUAUUUCAACUGUGUAUAAUCGGUCUAGGUGUACUUAAUUUAAUUUCGCAAUUUUUUAUUGCCGAUUGAAAAUAAAAAGAUGACAGAUAUUGAUUAGAGAUAUGUACGUACAGGUAUAUGCAGAAAAUAGUACUAAAUAGACUUAUGGUUAAUUAUAUGUGUUCAACACAUGCCCAAUACUACAAAAAAAAACAAUUGUGUGUAAAUAAUUUUUGGGACAGUAACUGGUUUUACUUUCUCAAAACAGCAGUGACUAUUUUUUGUUUUUCUGAUGAAAUGUAUUUGUUAUUAUUAUUAUUCUUAUUUUAAAUGUGUGUAUUUAUUCGUU